AUGCCUCCACGAAUCCCAUUCCAGCCUUCACUCAAGGCUUUCAAUGGCUCCUCAUAUGUUCAAAGCCCGCUUGCUAGACUCUCGCUGAACCCGAACAAAACGUCUGUGAGAGCCGGGUCCGCUGAAUCGAGAGAACACAAAAGACAUGAUCCUUUUUUACUGGCCCAGUCGCGUCAGCGUAAAGCUGCCAACUUAUCCCGUCAACGAGCUCUCGCCGCGGAGCGCGAUGGCUCUGCCGGCGACCCCGUGCACGGAAAAUCAACACCAUUUAUCGAAGAGCUACAAGUGAAGCAAUUCGGAAAACAUGAACCGCAUCCCAACCAUUUCCUCACGCCGGAAGAGCUCAGCAGAUCUCUUGAACAUUCGAAGCGCUUGACCUCCCCUAUCGAAAACCUGAACAGAGCAACAGCAGACCCGCAGCUGGAGAAAGAAGCCGCAGAAAGGCACCUCCAGGAAGAUCUGAACGCUCAGGAAGCAAUCAAUAGAAUUGUGAAUAUCAGAAAUGGAAAUACUGCGGAUCAAAUGCGCCUCCGCAUACAGAAGUGCAUUGAGACGUUUGGGCGACACAACACGGACAAGGCGUUGCCCCCUAGGCCCGCCAGUGUGCCACCAGAGUCAGCCACCGUUCAUUUGGAAAAAACUCCUCGUGCUGGCCCCGACACCGGCUCCCCGGAAGUCCAGGUCGCAAUUCUCACCGCGAAGAUUUUAAACCUCUCGAGGCAUCUGGAAACCACUAGGAAGGAUAAGCACAAUAAGCGCAACCUGCGAAUACUCGUUCACAAGAGACAGAAGCUGCUUCGAUAUUUGCGCCGGAAGGAAAGGGGAGGUCCUAGGUGGAAUUACCUGAUCGAGAUGCUUGGGUUGUCGGAAGCUUCAUGGAACGGCGAGAUUAGCAUGUAA